AUACAUUAGAUACAUUUUCUUUACUGACAGCACCACGUGUUUUAUGGGUGGGGCUGACUCGCCCAAAUAAGCCUCGCCUAUUUUAAAGAUGGCUGCAACUCCAAGGCAAGUAUUAGGAUUGUAUAAGCAGCUGUUGAGGGAAGGGGAACGUUUUGCAAAUUACAAUUAUAGAUCAUAUGCUAUUCGUCGUGUGAAGGAUUACUUUAAAGAUAAGAGAGGAUUAACAGAUCCAGCUGCAAUUUCAAAAGAAUAUCAAUAUGGGGUCAAAUCCUUAGCUCUCAUUCAAAGACAAGUAGCUGUGAGUCACAUGUAUUCUCAUGCUAAUGCUAAACAAGUUGUAGAAUGACUGUCUCAAACUUUAACAUCAGGAAAUCAAUCAAUACUGUUGCUAUUAUUGUGUUAUCCUUAACUGUGAUUAAUUGAUUUUAUUAACUAGCA